UUAAAGUUUAGUCAACAGUUGAAUACCGUGCUAUACAGAUUACUAUUUUUAACAAAUAGUACUUGCGUUUGUAAUGUUAAAAUAGUGGAAUAUUAUCAAAAUAAAAAUUCAGGAUGUAUGUCUAUCUCAUAUUUUCCAUGUUAAUGGGACACUGUCUUGCCCAAAGCGAUCCUCCAUUCUGUUCUGCAUGUAGCUGCAAAACUGUCGAACAAACCAAAUUCGAAGUCACGUGCAUUCGAGAUGUCAGAGCUUACCUAUUCCAGGAUUCGUUUUGGAUAGACAGCACAAAUAAAACCUAUCCCUAUAAAACGUUGCUAGUUCACAACACGCCAAUUUUAACACUGGACAAAAAAUUCCCCAUCUCUAAUAUUACCUACCUGAGCUUAGCCAACAACUCCAUAGUCAACAUAAGUGAUUCCAUUUUUCGCAACUUGCAAGAUAUGAUAACCUUGGAUUUGAGCUACAAUAACAUUGAACAGAUACAUCCUGACGCUUUUGAUGGCCAGUAUUUGCCAGAUGAAUUCAUACCCCUCAAAUCUUUGAAAAAUCUUCACUUGGACCACAACAGGAUUAGCAGCUUAAACCAAGACGUUUUUGAACACACGCCUAAUGUUGAGAUUCUAACUAUUUCGCACAACCCUUUGGAUGAAAUCGACCAACAAACGCUGGUUGCCAUCACCAGUUUAGUCUUUUUGAAACAAUUGGAUUUAAGCUAUACCGGGUUAUCGUCGCUUCCUGGCGCGCUUUUACACGUUCCGAGGUAUUUGGAAAAGCUUGAUCUCAGUGGCAAUCAGUUAGACAGAAUCCCCAAAACACUAGGAGAUUCACACAGUUUGUCAGUUCUUUACUUCAACAACAAUCCCAUUGUGAAUUUGGCGGAAGAAAAUGGCUUUCCCAAAAUUCCAACUCUGAAAAUUCUUCAUCUCAGCGGUAUGAGAAAACUAUUAAAUAUCACUAGUAGGGCGCUAAGCAACUUAGAAAAUUUAGAGGAACUAUUUUGUUAUGAUAAUCCGGAAUUGUCACACAUUGAUAAGGAUGCCUUAUCAGCCAGACGGGAUGGUGCGGAGUAUGAAACUUGGCCACCAAUCAAAAAGCUUUAUUUGCAAGAAAACAAAUUAUCGCACAUUGAUAUGCAACUCAUUCUACAGUGGAAAGACCUUACAGAGCUAGAUCUAACAGACAAUCCAUGGACUUGUGAGGGCGAAAACCAGUGGAUAGUUGAUGAGUUGAUGCCAAUUUAUCUGAAACUUGACGAACAGAAAGCCAAACGAUUGAGAUGUGGGGCUCCCAUCGAAAUGGUUGCUUUAACGUUUCGUGAUGUCUACAAGAGACAAACUACGAUGAGAUGUUUAGAUUUGUAUGGACACAGAUCGGAGAGAGAUGGUGCUUUAUUAAUCGGAAUUUUGAUUGGAGUUUUGAUAACCAUCCCUGUGGUGCUGUUUCUCAUCUAUGUUUAUCAAAGGCACAGGUUUGGACUGUUUGAUAAUUCUCCAGCUGGAUUUUCGAGGCAGUUUUACAAAAAAACUUCAUCAGAAGAUGGGCCUUUUUAAGAAGAGUUAUGUCUUUUAGUGUAGGGUUUUUCUAAGUAGUGUCGCGAAAUUGUAAGAUGUUGAUUUUUAUUCUUGUUUAGUGAAAAUUUUAUCGAAAACAAAUUAUGCAACGGAUUUGAUGAAAAGUCAUACAGGUUGAGAUAACACUAUAGCACAUGACAAAAUUGUACAUGCAAAUUUAUUGUUAUUUAAGUUUUUGACUCAUUGCAUAAUACAUUAAUAAUAAUAAUCAGUAUAUAUUUAUUUAGGUACCUGGAAUUAAUUUAAGUUGAAAAACUGUUAUAGCAAGUUGCAUUGUUAAAUUUUAAUAGCUAAAGACCUGGUUUAUAGAAACCGAAGUUAAAGUUAAUUCGCGAUUAACUUUUAAUUGAGGUUCGUUGCUAGGCGACGUGCAGGUUUUAACCAAUCACGAGCUACCAUUCCACAUUUUAAUCCAGUGUUAAAUUAAUCGAGGAUUAAAUAUUUAACUCGCGUUUCUAUAAACCGGCCCUUAGAGUAGUUAUAUAGUGGGGCUGCUGGCUCAGGUCAAAUGAGGUCAACCCGAGCUAGGAGCCCCACAACUUUUGAUCGAGCGGUCAUUGAUCUUUUUGGUCGACAAUUGACCUGGGCGUUCAUUGACUCUUUUUGGAUGCAGGUGGCUGACAUAAGCGUUGACCUUGCUUUUGCUCGGUUAAGCUGACGCAGCGAUCUCCUUCCUAUCUCGAGCAGGCUCGAGUAAUACCCCACCAUCUCUUUUGCGGUUAUAUAAACGUCGAUUUGCUUGUCAGUGAUUUAUUUAGUAUUGUUCCUUCAAUUGUUGAACAGAUUGUAAAUUUAAAAUGUCGUCUUUUAUUUCUAUUUUGAAUAAAGAAUCACAAUUACAA